AUGGUUUUGCUGCAAGGCGUGAGGUGGAAACAGGAUUCUGAGCAGACAAAUCAUCACCCCGCUCCCCGUGGGCCACCCCCCUCUCGCGCACACCCAGCCCCCCUCCCGCUCCCUCCGCUCCCCCAGCUCCACUGGAGGCCCUAUAAAAGCGCGCAGAGGGAGCGCAGCCGCACGGAGCGCUCCUCAGGUGUUAUCUGUUCGACCAUCAACAUGAAGGCUGUAGCUCUCAUUCUCGCUCUUGUUGUCAUUGGCGCCAGUGCCCGCUCCCUGCCUGAGACCCCCCAGGCCUUGCAGGAUGCUGUAGAUAAGUUCUGGCAGCACAUCAAUGACCUGAACCAGAAAGCCGAUGGUGCGGUGCAGACCAUCAAGGCCUCUCAGCUGAGCCGGGAGCUUGAUACUCUGAUCACAGACACCAUGGCUGAGCUGACCACCUACAAAGACAACGUCCAGACCAAACUGGCCCCAUACACUGACAUCUCCGCCAACCAGAUGGCCCAGGACCUGCAGCUGCUGACCAGCCGCCUGCAGCAGGACAUGCUCGAAGCUAAAGAGCGCAGCACCGAGUACCUGGGCGAGCUGAAGAUCAUGGUCGAACAGAACACCGACGAUGUCCGCGGACGCGCCAGCACUUACACCAACAAGCUGAAGAAACGCCUCAACAAGGACACCGAGGAGAUCUUCAACACUGUGGCCACCUACAUGGGCGAGCUCCAGUCCCGCACCUCCCAGAACAUGGAGACAGUCCGUGGCCACGUGGAGCCCUACAUGCAGCAGGCCAGCGAGACGGCAAACCAGAAGUUCACCGACAUCACCGCGCUUCUGCAGAGCCAGGCCGAGGGCUUGGGCCAGACCCUGGAGAGUCAAGCCGCCGGUGUCAGGACCCAGAUGGAGGAGACCGUGGAUGGACUGCGCACCGCUCUCGAGGGAAACAUCGACAAGCUGACCGAGAUCAUCCAGCCGUACGCAGCCAAGAUCCGCGAGCAGAUCGAGACCAUCGCCGAGAAAGUCAAGGAGACCACCCAUCGGCCCCUCGGAAUCUGCAGCUUUAUAAAGAGGAACGCAGACACAGGCCAGACAAACGCAUCUGGAUCUCUGCAUCUCUGUCCCCCCAAAAAACAGAAAAAAAUCACUGCAAACAUGAAGCUGUACUUGGCCAUUGCUGUGCUGGUGCUGGCGUUUGUGGCCUAUACCGAGGCACAAGAGGCCACCGUGGAGGAGAGGUUCAACCAGUUUGGUCAGCAGAUGACCGAAAUGGGAAAAACUGUAGCUGAAAAGGUGAAGACAGCCGCAGAGGAUUUUCAGAACAAUGAGAAUGUACAGAAAGCGAAGGACUGGUUCCAGGAGCAGAUUGACAAACUUACGGCCCAGUUCAACUAA